ACGCGUCUCUUUCUGCGUGUUUCUCUGCAGAUAUUUAGUGAGCGUUGCGUCUUCUUCUCUCUAGUGAGGAAGUUCCACACACAUAAGGCAGGUUUUGGCCUGUGUGUGUGUGGCUGUGACACGAGGUUACUGUCUGUGCACACAUGUGUAACACGGCGCAGUACAGCGUGUUUGUAACGUUCAAUGUGACCAGCAGAAAACUGGAUAUUUGACACUGCUCAGCCCCGGUCACUUUUCAUGUCUGAGUAAGCGAAAAAAACGGCCUAUUUCAGUCCCCAGCUGAUCAAUCUGCGCAUCUCUAGCUGUAGAAGAGUCUGAUGGAGAGAGUGGUUUAUCUUCUGAAGAUGAGGGAGACAUUCAGUGUGAGAUCCUGGAAAUGCAGAGGGAUGAAGCCAAUCAGAGACUGGCUGAAUUGGAGGAAGUCUCCAGUCAGCUCUUGAAAGAGAUGAAUAUACUGGAGAUCCAGUUCCAGAUUGAACGCUCCUGCAGGGAGAGUGCUGAGGCACUGGCUGUUAAAGUGACCAAAGACAACAAAGUCUUGAAGAGGAAGAGCCAGAUGCUGAUGCCGCUCAUCCCCGAGCAUCAUGAGAACUUGCCAACUGUGACCUUUGACCUAGAGCCUGACCCCGCCUUUAACUGUGACGUGGUUGAUCUUGGUGAUGACAGCAAGGAGGAGACACUGCUGCUGGAGAGUCAAGUCAAGAUCGCAGAGCUGCAGGCGUCACUGGAUGGUCUGCUGGCUGAGAAGCUGCAGCUGCAGCAACAAGUGGAGGAUCUGACCAAAGAGCAGGCCCAACUCAGAGAGCAGCUAGCACUGGAGGUUGAGGAAAAAGAGGCCAUACUGAGAAAAAUGAGCAAACAGAGCAAGACCAUGAAUAAAAUCAAACGAGUCUCCCAGCUUGUCACAGAGGAGUUUGCAGAAAUGUCUCAGAAACUGGAGCUGGAGCAGGGCCUCCGGCAGCACGCUGAAGUCUUCGCCCACCAGAUGAUGGCGCAGCAGACGGCAGCCAACACUCAGAGCAUGAGCGCAGGGACUGGCCUGCAGCUGCAGCAGGCGCUGGAACAAAUCACCACCAUCAGCACAGCCCUGUGUGAUAUACAACGCUACUACCAGGACCAGGUAAAACAGAGUCAGAGUGUUGUGGAAGAAAGCAAUGUCCUCUCUGAGCUGCAGAGCCUGAGAGAACAGCUGGAGAAGAGUGAGGAGGAGAGGAAGGCCUUAGAAAAUCAACUGUGUGAGGCCAAUGGCACUGUCACACAGCUCCAGGAGGAGGUGAAACAGUUACAAGAUACACUGAAGAGGGAGGAUAAAACUGAAGAACCAGGGGACAGCAGCGUCCUUUCUGAGCUGCAGAGCCUGAGAGAACAACUGGAGAAGAGUGAGGAGGAGAGGAAGGCCUUAGAAACUCAGCUGUGUGAGGCUAACGGCACUGUCACGCAGCUCCAGGAGGAGGUGAAACAGUUACAAGUUACACUGAACAAGGAGGAUAAAACUGACGAACUGCAGGAGAAAUCCACUGCUGCUCCACCUCCACCUCCACCUCCGCCACCUCCUCCACCUCCUCUGCCCCUCGCUACUGUCACCAGUUCAAUUGAUUUCAUAAGAAGCAGGAGAAAAGAUAAAACCAGUAAAGUUGAACUAAAUGAACCAGCACCCUUGUUGGACAUGAAGGCGAAAGCGGUGGAUGAAAUGAUGGAGAGAAUAAAGAAAGGCAUCAUCCUGAGGCCCAUCAAGAGAAUACAGGAAGAUGACAGCUCAUGGAAGGACCAGAGGAGUGAAAACAGAAAAUCCGCUAUCGUGGAGUUGAAAGGAAUGCUGGACAACAUAAAACGGCAGCCCCUCCGCAGAGUGCCAUCCAGAAGGGGAAUUGGCAGAAAUGUUGGGGAAGCAGAGCUCUUGCAGGUUCUGCAGAGGAGGAGGAGAGCGAUGGGAGAGACCCAGGACCUGGUCCCCUCAACACAAACAAAGGAGCCCAAGCCAGGUGAUGUUCCCUGGGCAGGUGAGAGCGGCUGCGCCCCUGUGCUCCGGAGGCUGAAACAGAACAGAGAGAAGAGAGACUCUCGCAUCAGAGCAUCCGCACUGAUCAUCGGCCAGGGAAACUGAGAGCGGUCAAAGGAAGAAGAACAGCUUUUCAACCUGCAAUUUUUUUUUAUUUGUCAGUGAUGUCCCGAAUAUCGAAGAGGAACUCAUUACAUUACAUUACUUAUCAUCGCUGGAUAUGUGUUGAUUUAAUAUAUAACUGAAUUGUUUUUGUGACCCUGCCUAUUGAUUUUGGUCAAAGUUAAAACAAAGACUCAAAUAAAGCUCAAAUAAUGUCAGAAAACAGUUUUUAAUGUUUGUUUAUCGACUUGGGCGUACAAGAUGGGAGCUGCACUUUGCACACUACCAUCACAUCCCACAUUCAGGGAUGAAGAAAAACAAAGUAAAGCUUUUUUUUUCAAAUGCCAUUUAACCCAGAUACGCUUCAAAUAGCCCGUACUUGUUGCGUGUCAAAGGGAAUGAAACUCAUUCAGCCAUGUUUAAUGUCCAUCAUCAUUCUUUUGGGUUUCUGGGUUUCAUCUGAUCUAAGUGCAAGUUACAGGACUUUUUUAUGCACGUAGAAUAUAGAUGUAAAAUAACCCGAGCCAUAAAAAACACUUAGGUUAAAUAAAUAUCACCUAUACUUCUCUCCCAAAGUGUCUGUCUCUUAAAGCUCGAU